CACAAGCAGUCUCCCUGUACUCAGAGUCUGAAGAUGGAUUGAUCUCUGUAUGACUGAGAACAAGACAUUAAGGUUUUUAAGAAGACUCCACCAUUCAAAAAAUGAAUAACUCAAGUCUAACUCUGAAUGUCACUGAAGCUGAUGGUUCCUAUCCAGAAAAUACACAACUGUCUUUCGCUGCAGCUUCUGUCAUUGCUAUUGUCUUCAGUGUCAUCGGCUUGGUUGGAAAUUUUAUUGUUUUCUGGUAUCUUUGCUUCAAGAUCAAGAAAAACAACUAUACCAUUUACAUCAUCAAUCUGUCAGUGGCGGACUUCAUCUUUUUGCUUUUCCACAUAGUUGUACUAAUAUUGUUCUUUCAUACACUAACAAGUGCAAAUCCAGACGCGGAAUGGAAAGAUCCCUUUUUGGUAUUUUUGGAAGUAUUUUCUAAAAGCGGACAAUAUUCUGGAAUGUUUAUCCUCACAGCUCUCAGUCUGGAAAGAUGCCUUUCUGUCCUAUUCCCCUUUUGGUACCAAUGUCAGCGACCUAAUAAUUUGUCCAUUAUCAUCUGUGUUUCAGUUUGGAUUCUUGGAUGCACAGAGAGUCUCAUAGAUAACUUGGUGUGCCCAGCAGAAGCUUUUUAUGUACAGAAUACAGCGUGCACGGCAGUUCAGAUCAUUGUUUUUGGUUUGGCCAUUGUUAUCUGCUUACCAAUUAUGGUGAUUUCUAGUUUUGUCUUGCUCUUCAAAAUAAAGAGGACCUUUAGAGCCCAGUAUCCACCAAAACUCUACAUUAUCAUUCUUGUUGCAGUUUUUGUAUUUAUCAUUUCUGUUAUCCCAAUCCAUUUUGUCUGGUUUUUCAUGUAUUUCCAAGUGCUAAAAUCAGAUGUUGCAACGAUUGGCUUUUUUUUUGGUAGUACAUAUUGUCUGGUCUUAAAUUGCACCAUUGACCCUUUUAUUUACUUCAUUGUUGGGAAUAAAUGGAAGAAGAAAACUAAUCACUCUAUCAAAGAUGCCCUCGAACAAGCCUUCAGAACAGAAGAUGAUGAAAAUAAUGACUCAAACAGCAAUAAGACAAGCAACAUCUCAAGCCAAAGCAAUCUUGCAAGUACAUUUUAGGAAUUGUGCUCCUGCAAUAACAACUUAAAGCAAGGACUGGGACAAGCAAGGCUUCUGCUCAAUGAAAAGGAUCUAAACCAUGAGAUGCAUCUGGUAUUGCAGUUCAGUCUCAUUCAAGUGAAAAGAGUGGCACUGUUUCUCGAAAAGCAGAUAUUCUUUUCUAAGAGUAGGCAACCCCUUCCUGUAGUGGUAGGUGGGUGUAAAUGCACUAUAAUGCACUAUAAUGUCUUAACUUCCGUUAACCCAUUAAUGACCAGACUAUUUUACACCUUAAUUUACAAGAUUUGUUUUGUAUUUCCAUCUCAUUCAACAGCCAUAACUUUUUUACUUUUAUGUUGACAUAGCAAUAUGAGGGCUUGUCCCCCCCCCCCCCCCCCCCCAGAAUGAGUUGUAUUUUUUCAAUAGCUUAAUUAUGGGGUGUAUACAACUUAUUGCUUAACUUAAAAAAAAUAAGGAAUUCUGCAUUCUUUUUUGUAUCAUAAAAUGUGUGCUAUUCAUCUGCAUAAAUAACUUUACCUUCAUCCUACGGGUUACAAUUAGUGUUGAGCAAACUUCUGUUUUCAAGUUUGGCGUACAAGGUUCGGGAUAUCUAAGAAUUCCUUUAUGGAUUCUGCUACCACGGACCAUAACUUAUUAUUCGUGGUAGCGGAAUCCAUAAUGAAAUUCUUAGAUAACCCAAACCUUGUACACCGAACUUGAAGCUCGCUCAUCCCUAAUUACGAUGAUUAUGGUAUUACCAAAUAUGUGUAGAUUUUUAUGUUCUUCUGCUUUUGCACAAUAAAACUUUUUUAUUGC